UCACACCGCACAGAUACUUCCAAACUAGAGUCGCCUCGUGAUAUGGUGCCCGCCGCGCAGUCCAGUUUCAUCGACACGGACUCCAAGCACUCAUUUAUUGACAAAUCGGGAGACAACCCGUUUUUGGACCGGUCGACCGUUUUGGACGACAAAGCAAACUUCUCAAUCAUCUCGGUGCCGGAGUUGGCGAGCGACCCGAGCAAGGGUACACGCGGGCCCGAGUCGCGCGACGCGCGCGCGCUCAUGCCGGUGAAGCUUGACUUCUCAUCGCAAUUGACGCAGAUCCCGCUCUCGCCACGUAAGCUCGUGUCUCCAUCGCGUGUGGUGGUACCCCCGCGUGCGCCGCGCCUUGUAAUCCACAAACUCGUGUUGACAAACUUCAAGUCAUAUGCGGGUACGCAAGAGAUUGGGCCGUUCCACCUGUCAUUCCUGGCGGUAGUCGGGCCCAACGGGAGCGGCAAGUCCAAUGUGAUCGACUCUAUGUUGUUUGUGUUUGGUUUCCGCGCUCUGAAGAUGCGCCAGGGCAAGUUGAGCGAACUCAUCCACAACUCGGAGGAGCACACGGACUUGGGCUUCUGCGCAGUCGACAUACACUUCGAGCACGUGAUUGAUGAUGAAGACAGUGAGGGGGCGACGGUGGUAUCCGGCAGCGGGUUGGUGGUCUCGCGCAAGGCAUUCCGUACAGGCGGCUCACAGUACUACAUCGACGGCAAAAUGAGCACGUACACAGAGGUGACGACGUUGUUGAAGGCGAAAGGCAUCGACUUGGACCACAAGCGGUUCCUCAUCCUCCAGGGUGAGGUAGAGAGCAUUGCCCAGAUGAAGGCCAAGGCUGAGAAGGAGAACGAUGACGGGUUGUUGGAGUACCUCGAAGAUAUCAUCGGCACAACCGCGUACAAACCGCAGAUUGACGUGGCGGUUGCGCGUGUGGCGGAGUUGAACGAACUGUGUAAGGAGAAGGAGCACCGGUUUGAGCUCGUCGAGCGUGACAAGACCGCGUUGGAGGCGCGCAAAGACGAUGCGUUGGCCUUUUUGGAGCAGGAGAAGCUGUUUGUCGAGAACCAAGCCGCCGCACACCAGUUGGCGAUGCUCCACGACCGCGAAGCGGUGGAGACAAACACCAAGGUGCAUGAAGAGCUAGCAGCAGAGCUCGCAAAGGAGCAGGCUGAGACAGCGGAGUUUCAGCGCGAAAUUAUACGCUUGGAGGCCGCGCACGCGGAGUUGGCGCGUCGUGCGGACGGCUACGCGGGCGGUAUCGCGGCGUUGCAGAAGACCGCAAAGCAGUUGGAGAAGGACAAGGUAUCUAUUGAAGAGAAGCUCCGGCAUACGGCUGCGAAGCAGAAGAAGGCCGAGAAGGCGUUGGCGGCCUCGCAAUUCGGGACCAAAGAGGCGGAGGCGAAGCUCGCACUUCUCGAAGGCGGCGAUUUUGAGGCAGAGAUUGCGACGUUGCAGGAGAGUAUGGCGCGCGAACGUACUGCGCUCGAUCAGAUCCGACUGGAACUCACGUCCAAGACGGAGGUGUUCACGCAACAGAUUGAAGUUCUCCGCACGGAGUUGCAGCCAUGGCAGGACCGCUUGGAGGCCAAGAACGCCCAGGUCCAGAUCGCGCAGAGUAAGGUCGACAUGCUUGCAGCGCGCAAGACUGAGAACGAGGCGGAGAUCGAAGCGUGCCAGGCACGUAUCGCGACGCUUCGCGCGCGACAGGAGACCAAGACGGAGGCGCUUGCGAAGCUCCGCCGCGAGGAGGCGCACGUGGCCGAACAAAUCAAACUUGGUGAACCCGAGUGCGCGCACCACGCACAAACGUUGGCCAAGAUGGAGACGCACGUGCGUGACGAGCAGCACAAGCUCCAGGAGAUGGAGAGCGCGCUUCGUGCGAGCCAGAGCAAGAGCAAGCUCUUAGACGGGCUCAUGCGACUCCUGCAAGCGGGGCGCGUGACAGGGUUCCACGGCCGGUUAGGAGACUUGGGGACGAUUGAUGAUAAAUAUGAUGUGGCGGUGACGACAGCAUGUGGACUGUUGAACGAUAUGGUGGUGGAAACGGUCGCGGCCGCGGACGCGUGCAUUGCGCAUAUGCGCGCGACGCAGCUUGGUUACGCGAAAUUUAUCUGCUUGGAUAAGAUCGCGCGCCGCGGAAUGCAGCCGAUCACGACACCACGCAACGUACCGCGGUUGUUCGACCUCGUGACGCCGAAGGACCCACGGUUUUCGCUGGCGUUCUAUCAUGCACUCCAGGACACGUUGGUCGCGCGCGACAUGCAAGAGGCCAAUGCGGUCGCGUUCGGCGACAAGAAGCGCUGGCGUGCGGUCACGUUGGACGGCAAGCUUGUGGACAAAUCCGGGACACUUUCUGGUGGGGGGCGCGCGGCCGUGGGCGGCGGCAUGAAGUCAACGCCGACAGCGUUUGUCGCACCGGAAGAGGUGGCGGCUGCGCGCGAGACACUCGCGGUCAAGCGCGAGAAGCUUGCGGUUGUGCGUACAAAGGUUGACUCGAUCCGUGCGGCGUUGCAGGGCCUCCGUGACCGCCAACCGGAGGUGGAGUUAGCCAUCUCUCAGCAUGAGCUCGAAUUGGAGUCAAUGGUGCACGAGGUCACGAAUUGCGGAGUCAGCUUGGCCGAAUUGACGGCCAACCGCGUGGCUUUUGCGGCGGACACGCGUGCAGUCACGGCCGCGGAGGCGGAGGUGGCGCGCUUGGUAGGUGAGCGCGCCGCGGACGCGCAGCAGGCAGACGCGCUCCAGGCGCAGAUUGCCGCGCUCCAGGAGAAGAUUAUGGACGUGGGUGGGGUCGAGUUGCGCAUCCAGAAGUCCAAGGUGGACGCUCUCGGCGAGCGCAUUGAGUUGGCGACUGAGAAACGGUCCGCAGAGGCUCUCGCUGCGCGCAAGCUCACAAACGAGAUCAAGAAAUUUGCGGCGCUUAUCGCCGAAAGUACAGCGCUGGUGGAGACGUGCCGUGGCGACCUUCAGGCGAUGGAGGCACAAAGCCGUGCGAAGGCAGACGGCUUGGCGCAGACAGAGGCCGCGUUGGACGAGGCGAUGAAUGAACGUGACGAGGUGACGGCCGAGCUCGAAGCCGGCGCGGCCGCACUCGCUGCGCGGCGCUCAGAGAUCAAGAAGUUGGAUGAGGCGGCGAUCGAGCUUACCAACAAGAUGGAGAAACAUGCGGCCGCGAUCCGCGCGGCGCAGCGUAAUUUACUGGCGAUCGAGGCGCGCAUCGCGGAGAUGGCCGUGCGCGACGUGGCGGCGUUGCUAGACUGGAUACCAGAGGAUGCGCGCGCGCAAUACACGGUCGUGCGCGCGGAGUAUACUCUCGUGGAGCUCCGCGCAAUGGAUGCGGAUGCGGUCGACGCCGCGCGCGACACCGCGGAGAACUACAUGAACAGCGUCAAGGUGGAUCCUGACGUAUUGCAGGAGUACGGUGCGCGCAGCAAGGAGUUUGAAGCACGCCGCGGUGACUUGAAUGCCGCCGUGGAGGAGCGCACGAGUGUCCAGAAGACGGUGGACGACCUCAAGCGCAGGCGCUUAGAUGAGUUUAUGGAAGGUUUCAACACCAUCUCACUGUCGUUGAAGGAAAUGUACCAGAUGAUUACAAUGGGGGGUAAUGCGGAGUUGGAGUUGGUGGAUUCGUUGGAUCCUUUCUCUGAGGGGAUUUUGUUCAGUGUGAUGCCACCAAAGAAGUCGUGGCGUAACAUUUCGAAUCUUUCUGGGGGAGAGAAGACGUUGAGUUCAUUGGCGCUUGUGUUCGCGUUGCACCGGUACAAGCCGACGCCGUUGUACGUGAUGGAUGAGAUUGAUGCGGCGUUGGACUUUAGGAAUGUGUCGAUUGUGGCGAAUUACAUUAAGGAACGGACGAAGAAUGCGCAGUUCAUUGUGAUUUCGUUAAGAAACAACAUGUUUGAGUUAUCGAAGCAGUUGGUGGGCAUCUACAAGGUAAGGAACAUGACGAAGAGUGUGGCGUUACAGAACCGGGAGGUUGAAGCGCAGUGAAGGGGAUUAGAUCUGAACCAAACCACCGAAUGAAACAUUAAGUAGUACUCUCUGAAUAGAUUCAACUGUCGAUAAUGGAUAUUUUUGUUCUAAUAUAUUAUAUGGACGAGGAAGCUGAGUAGAAAAGGACCAAAUGCAUCUAUUUUGGAGUAUUUCGGUUUAAAGAGGGUCGGUAAUGGAAGUCUUUAGCGAUUGACAGUCCCUACUGUGUCAUAGAGUCGA